AUGAAGCAGCAAAAGGUGGCUAAAGGUAAAAUUAAUCCACGAUAUUUUCCAGAAGAAACUUCAGCUCUAACUGUAACGACUCCGCAAACAAAUAAAUACCAAACAAAGGCUAAUACGAAGAAUUCUAGAACAAAGAAUGCAACGACUAAAAGAAAGCAACACUUGUCUGAACUGUCUUCAACCAAGACAUACGGCAAUCAACUGCAAAAAAAGAAAACUGCAAAGCUCGUCAUAAUACUGUUCGGAGUUAUAUAUGCACCAUUUUUGUUAUCGGCUACACUUAAUUACCACUUCGAAAAUUAUGGUAAUGAGCUCGGCAUCGAGAUCAGAAAAAAUCUCUAUGUCGGCAACAUUAUAGUGUCAACCAGGGAUACCGAUGAAGCUCUGCACAAAUAA